AUGACUCCUGCCCCUGACUGCGAGGUGCACUGUAUGCAUUCAGACUGCAUCAUAAAGAUAGAACAGGAGAAAUGUGAAGAGAGGAAGAAAGCCUCUGCCACUUACCAGGACUUUGACUGUCCGUGGCUGUGGGAUAACCUCACGUGCUGGCAGGCGGCGAGGGUGGGCGAGGUCGUGGUGGUGAAAUGCCCCGAGCUUUUUGAAGUCAUGAGCACAGACGACAUCGAGCUUGGCAGAGUGAGUCGUAACUGUACUGAGGAUGGCUGGUCUGAUGAAUUCCCACUUUAUGAGGAUGCCUGUUUUUUCGAUUACAAUGGAACAAGCCCAGAUAUGUACUAUGUGUCAGUGAAGGCCCUUUACACAGUUGGAUACAGCACAUCUCUUGUCUCUCUCACCACGGCCAUGGUCAUUCUGUGCAGAUUCAGGAAGCUGCACUGCACCAGAAACUUCAUUCAUAUGAAUCUGUUUGUGUCCUUCAUCCUGAGGGCGAUCUCUGUCUUUAUAAAAGACGAGGUUUUAUAUGCUGAAGAGGAAAGCAGUCACUGCUUCCUACAUACUGUGGAGUGUAAGACUGUGAUGGUGUUUUUUCAUUACUGUGUUCUCUCCAACUAUUUCUGGCUUUUCAUCGAGGGUCUUUACCUGUUCACACUGCUAGUGGAGACCUUCUUUCCCGAGAGGAGAUACUUCUAUUGGUACACCAUCAUUGGCUGGGGAACACCCACUGUGUGUGUGAGCAUCUGGGCAGUUCUCAGGCUUCACUUUGAUGACAUAGGCUGCUGGGACAUAAAUGACAACGCUGCCAUCUGGUGGGUGAUUAAAGGACCUGUCCUGGCCUCUAUCAUGAUUAAUUUUGUGCUCUUCAUUGGGAUCAUCAUCAUUCUCGUGCAGAAGUUGCAGUCUCCAGAUAUAGGAGGAAAUGAGUCUAGCAUUUACCUGCGCUUGGCCCGGUCCACUCUCCUGCUGAUCCCUCUGUUUGGUAUUCAUUACACCGUUUUCGCAUUCUCACCUGAGGACGUAAGCAAGAGAGAGAGAUUAGUGUUUGAGCUGGGCCUUGGAUCCUUCCAGGGUUUUGUAGUGGCAGUCCUUUACUGUUUUCUCAAUGGAGAGGUCCAGUCUGAGAUGAAGAGGAAAUGGAGAAGCUGGAGGGUAAACAGGUACUUUGCCGUGGACUUGAAGCACAGACACCCGUCUCUGGCUAGCAGCGGGGUCAACGGAGGGACUCAGCUGUCCAUUCUCAGCAAGAGCAGCUCCCAGAUCCGAAUGUCCAGCCUGCAGGCCGAGACUCCAGCCACAUGA